GGAUGAUUGUGCCAGAACCAGAUAUGGAGACGACGACGCGGAAGGCCACGUUCUCGCAGGGCAGCGCGGUCGUCGUGAACGGCCGCCACCAGCACCUGCACAGCGUCUCGUUCGUGCCCCAGUCGCCGCGCGCCGUCGUCGUCUUCCUCCCGUCGACCGGCGAGAGCUGCGGCCGGUAUGCGAGUCUCUUCAAGUUCCUCGCCAGCCACCAGAUCGCAGUCUUCGCUCUCGAACAGAGCCCGGUCAUUGACGACACACUCGUCGACAACUCGCUCUACAAGCACCCGAACCCCGAGCUCAACGUCGAGCGCAUCUCAGCCAACGCCGCCGAGCGCCCAGCACCCAGCGCCUGCUGUGUCCAAAAGUACGUUGACGACGUCCACCACUUUGUACGGGGCAUUGCGCGCCGGCUGGGCGACGCCGACGUCGACUACUUUCUCUGCGGCGUCUUCUAUGGCGGGCUUAUGGCCGCGCACACGGCGAUCGAAGCAGGGUUUCCGUGGCGCGGGCUCAUCAUGACGUCGCCCGACCUCUCGGGCCCGAUUGGGUACCUCGAGUCGAUCACGACCAACUUGUCGGCCAAUCUCGAGAAGGUGCGUGCGCUCAUGCCCCGCCGGCCGUCGUUUGCCAUGUUCCGCCAAAAGCUGAUGCCCAAGCAACUCGACCACAUGGGCAACAACUUUUCGUUCAUUAGCGACCCGACGACGUCGCCCGGCGAGACGGACGAGGAUUUCGAGACGGACGACAUGCACUUGAACGCGGCGCGGGAGCUUGACCACCGCAAGACGAGCUUGAAGCUGCCCGUGCUCAUCCUCAACGGCAAGGCCGACGCCAAAAAGCCGCGCAUCAAAGCCGACCGCUUCGUGCGCCAGAUCGGUGCCAAAGACAAGACCGUGACCGAGUUCAAGGAGCUCUACAACAGCCUCGGCGGUGAUGCGCCAGAGGUGAAUACCGCCGUAUACGAGUGGAUCGUGAGCUACCUUCCGACGGCCAUGACGCCCCAGGACGAUGCACCGGGUCGCCCGUCGACACCUAUGGUGGGUGCGCCGUCAGCGGAGGUCGAGGCAAAGGGCAGUCCCCCGGUCGAGCCCAAGCACGAAGAGACGCAUGAAGAAAAGAUCUUUGUGGCGGCGGCGACAGCGACAGCCGCGGUGACCACCGAGGCACUUGUCGCGGCCGCGAAAACCGCCGAGCCCGAAAUCGUGACGCGAUCGACGCGGCUACCGUCGAUCGCCGAAGCGACGGCGACGGCGUAAUCAAAGCUGGCUUGAGUAGCGACAACGACUAGAUAAUGAAUGAAUGGACAACGUGCUUAAGAAUGGA